AUGAAAACCGCCCCACUGGACGAAGUCUCCGCCACCGCCUCCCCCCUCUUCGACGCCGCCAUCAAAGACGCCGCCGCAGCCACCGGCACCCCGUCCCCCUCCUCCUCCUCCACCACCCUCGCAGGCGCGAAAUCGAGAAAGCCCAAACAGAUCCCAACCUUCACCACCGGCGAUUUCCCCUGCUCCCCGCAAAAACUCACCCACCUCGCGCGGCUCAUCAAACACAUGUCGGUCCCCGAAGCGCACACGCAGAUGACGAUGAGCAAGAAACGCGCCGCCGACCGUGUCCGCGCCCUCCUCCACCGCGUCCGCUGCAACCUCAAGGAGAACUACAACCAGGAUGCCGACGAGUAUGUCAUCACACAGGCCUGGGUCGGGAAGGGGGUGUUUCUGAAACGGUUGAAGAUCCAUGGACGCGCACGGUUUGGGAUCAUGCAUCGCCCCCGCGCCCAUCUCAAGGUGGUCGUCGAGAGGAGGGAGGUGGGGAGCAAGGAGGUGGAUGUGGAAUUUGAGCGGCUGGUGAAGAUAUUUAGGCGGAAGGAGCUGUUUGUGCCGUUGAGGGAUAACAUUCCGUUGAGGCAUGUUGCGGUGCCGUGGAGUGCGAAACCGUGGAAGUAUGUGACGAGUGGGAAGUGGGUGAGUCCGGAGAAUGCGCGGGCGAAGCGGCAGUAG